CAUGGCCGGACCCCCCUUCAUCUUGCUGCCAAUAAGGGCCAUCUUUCUGUGGUCCAGAUCUUGCUGAAGGCUGGCUGUGACCUUGAUGUUCAGGAUGAUAUACGUUCCUUAUGUCACGGUAAGGACUGAGAAUUAGUUGAAGAAUGACCUCCAGUGGCCUGGAGUGGGAUUAUUAUGAAUUUCAACCUGUGGAAACCAGUUCUUUAGAAUAUGCAACUCCAGGAGAAAAUUCCCCUUGGCUUCCUGCCAAUCCUGUCAACACACAUUGGAGCUCUAAUGCCAUCUCUGAUUGGUCAAUGAGCAACCACACGGCCCCUACCUCAGAAAUAGCCCAGGACCCUGUGGCCAUGAUAAAAGCCAUGAAGGAAGAAAAAAAUAAGAAAAAACAGAGAAGAAAGGCUAGGAAGAACCCUAGAAGAUCAGAGAGAGAACAAGAGGGGGAUCAGACCGCCUUGCACCGGGCCACAGUGGUGGGGAACACGGAAGUCAUCGCGGCGCUCAUCCAGGAGGGCUGUGCUCUGGACCGCCAAGACAAGGAUGGGAAUACAGCCCUACACGAAGCGUCCUGGCACGGUUUUAGCCAGUCAGCCAAAUUGCUCGUUAAAGCAGGAGCCAACGUGCUUGCCAAGAACAAGGCGGGGAACACGGCUCUGCACCUGGCCUGCCAGAACAGCCACUCCCAGAGUACACGAGUCCUCCUGCUGGGCGGGUCCCGAGCCGACCUCAAAAAUAACGCAGGCGAUACCUGUUUGCACGUUGCUGCACGCUAUAAUCACUUGUCCAUCAUUAAGCUCCUCCUCAGUGCUUUCUGUUCUGUCCAUGAAAAGAACCAGGCCGGAGACACAGCACUUCAUGUUGCUGCUGCCCUAAAUCACAAGAAGGUGGUUAAAAUCUUACUGGAAGCUGGAGCAGAUGGAACCAUUGUUAAUAAUGCAGGCCAGACUCCACUGGAGACUGCCCGCUACCACAAUAAUCCGGAAGUUGCUCUUCUCCUCACUAAAGCUCCCCAGGUCUUGCGCUUCAGUCGUGGGCGAAGCCUGAGGAAAAAGAGAGAGAGGCUCAAGGAAGAGAGGAGAGCUCAGUCUGUGCCAAGAGAUGAGGUGGCACAAAGCAAGGGAAGUGUCUCCGCAGGAGACACCCCCAGCAGUGAACAGGCUGCACCCAGAAAAGAAGAGGCCAGAGAAGAUGUCCUGUCUGCCUCCCCAGAGCCCAAGGCGAAGGACAACAGGCAGAGAAAGUCAAGGCCCAAGGCGUCAGCAUUUUCUGACCCCACUCCACCAGCAGACCAACAGCCUGGACACCAGAAGAACUUGCAUGCUCACAGUCACCCUAAAAAGAAGCCCAGGCACCGAUGUUCACCGCCACCCCCUCCCCAUGAGUUCAGAGCAUACCAGCUCUACACGCUGUACCGGGGCAAGGACGGGAAGGUGAUGCAGGCACCAAUAAAUGGUUGUAGAUGUGAACCCCUAAUCAACAAGCUGGAGAACCAGUUGGAGGCAGCUGUGGAGGAGAUCCGAGCAGAGCUGGGUUCGGUUCAGGAUAAAAUGAACACAAAGCUGGGGCAUAUGGACAACAAAACCCAGCACCAGAUGCGUGUUCUGGACAAGCUGAUGGUUGAGCGGCUGUCAGCAGAGAGAACAGAGUGCCUGAACCGCCUGCAACAGCACUCAGAUACAGAGAAGCAUGAGGGGGAGAGACGACAGAUGUCAUUGGUUGACGAAUUAAAAACCUGGUGCAUGUUAAAGAUUCAGAAUCUGGAGCUGAAACUUUCUGGAGAUUCUAGGGCCUCUAGGACCAAAUCCACACCAUCUACUUGCGAGUCGUCUACAGGCGUGGAUCAGUCCGUGGCCACUGCAGGUCUGGUACCGGCUUCUGACAGUUCUCCUCAGGUGGUUAGGCCCAAGGAAAAGGCCUUCAACUCCACUGCUACGCACAGACUACAGCAGGAGCUGUCUUCCUCAGACUGUACCGCGUCCCGACUGAGGAAUGUCAAGGUCCAGACAGCCUUGCUACCCUUGAAAGAGGCAGCCAAGUGUGAUCAGCAGGCUGGGCCCUGUGUUGACAGAGGCACCCAAACCAAGAAGUCUGGGAAAAGUGGGCAGACGAGGCAUCGGCCCCAGCACCCGGCACCCGGCACCGCCGGUGGGCAGCCGCCCCCGGCAGCGGGCAGUGAGCAGACUGCCUCUCACGUUCGAGACACCUCCCAGGCUCUGGAGAUUACCCAGUAUUUUUUUGAGGCUGUUUCUACCCAGAUGGAAAAGUGGUAUGAGAGGAAGAUUGAAGAAGCACGAAGCCAAGCCAGUCAGAAAGCCCAGCAAGACAAGGCCACCCUGAAGGAACAUAUUAAAAGUUUAGAAGAAGAACUUGCUAAACUAAGGACUAAAGUGCAGAAGGAAAAUUAGAAUCUGGGAAGUGGCCUGAGAAGGGAUUCUUGAUGAUUUCUGCUUUUGCAUCUAUAGAACAGCUGUGCCCAAGAUGUCCAUUCUUGUGCACGUAGCAGACUUGCCUUUAAAAACAAAAAGUCAAAUUGCUGAAAUGUGCCAGGCACACGCUUUCCUGCGCCCUGAAGUUAUGAAACUUCAACAGUGACCACCAAAGCCAGGGGAAGCUUGCUUUGUGUUAGGUUUCAUUACAAACUUAAAACCUCGGUCUGGGUUCAUCUGAGGUUCAAAAGCUCAGAUUAAGUGAGCCACGCUAAGAAACGGAAAGAUGUGUAAAGCCUAAAGCCUAAAAUUCAGGAUGUGUGAAAUAACAUAAAUCAAAAGGAAGAAAAAUUAAUCCGUUGUGAACUUUAGUCAUUCAUGUGAGCACUCCUGUGGUGCCCAGAUGAGAGCAUCUUUCUGUACGAGCUAUGGCUGAGAUGUGCUGAAUCCUCUCUUGAAUUCCUAAUUCUUAAAGUGCUGACCUUUUAACCAGAUGAAAACUUACCAAACUGAUUUUGAGGAGAAAAAGAUUUUCAUGAUGUCACUAGAUCCAAUAUAUGUUAAAAUAUUUUGCAGUCAGAGGGUAUUUAAAUGAUGAGUAAUUGGCUACUAGCACUGGGAAUAUUUGUUAAUAAACUCAAAUGAGAAAGGUUCAAAUCAUUUGGUCAUGAUUUCUGUAUUUUCAGUCAAAAUACAGAAACACUACAGUUGAUUAAUCCUACCAAUUUUAAAGCAGAUUAAUGGAAAAGCAUUCACCUAACAAUUACCUGAAACUUCUAUAAGCUAUCCAUAAUCAAACCCAGUUAACCAAGAGUACCUUUCUAAAUUUGAGCUUCUCAGUCUACAUUUUAUAAAGAAAUAAGGCUAUUUCUUAAAAGUAUUUCACUUCUAAUUGUAUACGGUCAUUGAUGAACCUCAGAAGUUACCCACUGCUUUGCAGUCUUUAUGUCAAGGUAAAAAUUGUCAACUCAGUCUAGACCCCACAAUUCCCCAUCUUGUGAAGCCCCAAGGAUUUUCCUCUCCUCCUGGAGUAUAUAAGUUGUAAAAGUAGCUUGGAUAUGUUGAAACUUUGGAUUUAGUUAUCUUUUAAGCUUCUUGCCCCUUGGUAUGUGGAAUUAUAUUCAUCUCCUCAAAAUUCCAUGUAUGCAAAGAAAUGUCAAUUCUAUUUCCAUUAACCCCAGAACUGAGAAACUGUUGUCUCUAAGUUUGAAUAAAAUGUUGCUCACUGA